UAAGAUUUUGAACGGUGUACAGAAGCCCAUAAUCCGUAUCCCCAGAAAAUACAAAAAGUGAAACGCCAUUAAAACAAGAGACCCAAAAUGUAGGAUUCUCAAAUCCACCGCAGGCCAGAGCUGUUCUUCUUGUGCUGUGCUGGGGUCCAAUCCCAUCCCAGAUGGGGUUUUUGACAGUAACCCUUAGCCCAUGGAUCUGCCGGCACUUGGCUGAAUUACAGCCGCUGGAUCGGACGAAACUUGCAGUUUUCAUCGCCGUUUAGUUGCAGAAUCCAUUUUCUAGCGAAUGCUGAAGAGGGGGGCGGUUUUCUUCUUCGGUAAUUCCGCCACGCUCCUCUACAGGAUUCACUGUUUACUUUUUUUGAAGGAUUAAAAGAUCACUGCUUUUUAAGGCAAUGGUUGUUCAUUCUGGAGAAAAUGGAAAUCAAUGGCAGAAAUCCUAAUCUGAAUGGAAACGGAAACCAUUCUUCAGGUGAUACAAAGGUUGCAAUCAAUGGCAAGUCUAACGAGACACGCACUUUCGUCAACCAUGCGGAGAUAGAUUGGCACGAAAGAAGAAGAGAAUGGGUUGGCGACCGUUCAGAAAACGGGCAACGAGCGCCAAUGGAACCGAUUUUGAGCUGGACAACGACUUACGAAGAUCUUCUUUUAUCUGCAGAGCCUUUCGAGCAGCCUAUUCCUUUAGCCGUAAGGAAAUGGUGGAUUUCUUGGUUGAUAUCUGGCAUGAAGAUGGCCUCUAUGAUUAGACAUUCUCAUACAAACAUGGCAGAAUUAUAUUUCACUUCUUUAUUUGGCCUUUUUUUCUUCAUUUCUGUUAUCAUCACUCCAGAAAAUUGAUGAUUAGAUUACACGGUUCUCUUGUACUCAAUACUGAUUUGUAACUAACAAAGUGAAACUGAUGAUUCUUUAUUUUUCGUUUCUUUUAUGGGUAAUCUGCAAAUCAGAGAUUUUAACUUGCCUUAA